AUGUGGAGUUACCUCUUUGGAGGAGGACAACAAAAGAAAGAGCUGCCUAAAAAGGCAAUAGUUCAACUCAGAGAGCAUAUUGCUACUUUAAACAAGAAGGAAGAGUAUUUAGAGAAGCAGAUUGACCAACAGGAUAAAAUUGCUAGGCAAAAUGUUACCAAGAAUAAAGCUGUUGCCAGACAAGCGUUGAAAAGAAAGAAGAAGCUGGAGGGUGAUUUGAUAAAGGUUGGGAAUCAAAUACAAUCGUUGGAGACUCAACUCAAUGCGAUAGAGUCGGCCAACCUUAACUUGGAGACUAUGAAGGCCAUGAAACAAGGUGCCAAGGCCAUCAAACAGAUACAUAGUGACUUCAACAUCGAUAAGGUUGACGAGACUAUGGACGAUAUCAGGGACCAGGUAGAGGCUAGUGAGGAGAUUUCUGAUGCUAUUAGCAGACCACUUGGUACGGAUAUGGUGGAUGACGAUGAGUUGGAGGAGGAGUUGGCCGAGAUGCAACAGGAGGAGUUGGAUAACAAGAUGACAAAUACAGGUGCCAAAGUGUCUGAGAACACGCCUUCAAAGAACGAAAUUGCCAAGGCCAGGUUGCCUAGUGUGCCUACAAGUAAAGUGCAAGAUAAGAAGCAAGAGGAGGUGGAUGAUGAAGACGAAGAUGAGAAGGCCUUGAAACAGCUUCAAGCAGAGAUGGGAAUGUAG